AUGGAACCCCGCCGACGAACGGCUCCCUACGGCCGCGCGUGCCUCAACUGCGCCCGCGCAAAAUGCAAGUGCCUGCUGCGGACGACCGGUGGCGGGUGUGAGAGGUGCAUCCGACUCAGAAAAGAAUGCAUCCCCGCGCCAACGGUCCGGCAAAGGCGACCGCGCGCCUCGCGCACCGCGCGGCUGGAGCAGAAGCUCGAUGGGUUGGUGUCGUUGCUGCAGACGGGGCAUGGCUUUGGUGAGAGUGAUGGUAAUGGUGGUGGUAGCCAGAAAUUGUGGACGAUGAAUAGUGAUCAGAGCGAUGCGCCAGCCAACACCAUCCCACCGCCAAACCCGUACGCGCUCCCCGCCGGCGUGGAGUUCGCCCCAGCGGAGGCAGAAGCGAACUGGGAAGUGCUCCGCACGCGGUAUCUGCCUCUGCUUCCGUUGGUGCAUUUCCACCACACCCUUACAGCUGGGACGCUCCGCCAGGAGCGCCCGUUCUUCUGGACGUGCGCCAUGGCCGUGACGUGUCGUGACGGGCCGCGUCAGGAGGUGUUAGGGCGCGCGGUGCGGGAGAUGGCGGCGCGGGAGGUGGUGGUCGAAGGGCGGCGGACGGUGGAUCUGCUGCUGGGGCUGCUUUGCUUGAUCGCAUGGGGCCAUUUCCGGUUCGCGAUGGGCCCGCUGCUGACGGUGUUCUCGCAUCUCUGUACGGCGUUGACGCUGGACCUUGAGCUGCAGCGGCGCGAAGGCAGCAGCGGGGUUAGUAGGGUUGGCUACCGGCAGCAUCUCGCCGUGCCGCGCCAGUUCCAGGGCAAGAUCCGCGUGCCGGACGCCCGGACCCAUGAGCAUCGGCGGAUGGUGGUGGCGUGUUUUCUUUUGACUUCGAGCGCGGCGACGUUUCACGGGCGGGUGGAGAGUCUGUCCUGGUCGCCGUAUUUGGAGGAAUGCUUAACGGUGCUGGAAGUCACAAACGAGGCGCCCGGGGACGCGUUGCUGGUGGGGCUGGUCAGGCUGCAGCUGAUCGCUGCGAAAGUCACCAGGGUGUGGGCGCAGAGUGGGGAUUGCAAGACGGAUGAGGGCACGCGCAUGAUCGGGCCGUUUGUUGCUUCGCUCAACAUGGAGUUGGCGGCGGUGCGGCACCAGGCCCCGGCGCAUCUCAAGACAAACCGAACCUUCCAAACAAUGGCAUCCCACGCAGAGAUAGCAAUCAACGAACUCACCCUCCUCCGCACUUCCACCGUCCCCAUCGCCACCGACACAGACCUGCAAACCCUCAACCACCUAUUCCAAUGCGUGGAAGCCAUCAAAUCCUGGAUCCGCACAAUCCUCCAAUUCGACGCAGCAGAGUACGUCGGCUUCCCUUUUCCGGUCUGGAAGCAAUUCCGGACCGUCGUGCUUGUCACCCUCCGCCUGGGGACGCUGGACGACCCCGCCUGGGAUACGGGGCUGAUUCGACGGUCCGUCGAUCUGCCCGGCGUGCUGGACGAGAUCGCACGGAAGUUAGAGCGGGGCCGGUCGCAGACGGGGGAGCCUGUGUUCGCCACGUUCAUCAAGAUGGUACACAUGCUUAAGGCGUGGACUUUGUCGGUCUAUGCUAAAAGUCCGAGCGAACCGGCCGAUUCUGGUUCCCCGUCGGGGAUUCUGUCGGAGGGAGAACCGUCUGCGGUGGAGGAUCAGCCGUGGGGAGAGUUCGUGUGCGAUGACGAGUUCUGGAAUGUGGAGUUCCUGGGGUGGCCCUACCUCUCUUGA